GCAGACAAGAGGAGAGACCCGAGCUCUGGGCGGAAACGCUACUCGGGCUGCUGGAGGAGCCCCCGCCUCUCAGUAGGCUGUCCCCGCCUCCUGCAGUCCCUCCACUCCCCAAACCCAGGAAGGCCGUGCAGGUUUCGAGCUCUGCUUUCGCUUUCCCUUCCCGCUGCCCACCCACUCCAGGCUCCUCGUGCGGCGUUCAGCCCCCCCCUCCGCUCCGACCAUGGCCACACUGAGGGUCCAUCCUGAAGCCCAAGCCAAGGUGGAUGUGUUUCGGGAAGACCUGUGUAGUAAGACAGAGAACCUGCUUGGGAGCUAUUUUCCCAAGAAGAUCUCAGAGCUGGAUGCAUUCCUAAAGGAGCCAGCUCUCAAUGAAGCCAACCUGGGCAAUCUGAAGGCUCCGCUGGACAUCCCAGUACCUGAUCCAGUCAAGGAGAAAGAGAAAGAAGAGCGGAAGAAACAACAGGAGAAAGAAGAGAAAGAUGAGAAGAAAAAAGGGGAAGAUGAAGACAAAGGCCCUCCCUGUGGCCCUGUGAACUGCAAUGAAAAGAUUGUGGCCCUCCUGCAGCGCCUGAAGCCUGAGAUCAAGGAUGUCAUUGAGCAACUCAAUCUGGUUACUACUUGGUUGCAACUACAGAUACCUCGGAUAGAGGAUGGGAAUAAUUUUGGAGUGGCUGUCCAGGAGAAGGUGUUUGAGCUGAUGACCAGCCUUCAUACCAAGCUGGAGGGUUUCCACACUCAAAUCUCUAAGUACUUCUCAGAGAGGGGUGAUGCAGUGACCAAAGCAGCCAAGCAGCCCCACGUGGGUGAUUAUCGGCAGCUGGUGCACGAGCUGGACGAGGCAGAGUACCAGGACAUCCGUCUGAUGGUCAUGGAGAUCCGUAACGCUUACGCUGUGCUAUAUGACAUCAUCCUGAAGAAUUUCGAGAAGCUCAAGAAGCCUCGUGGAGAAACAAAGGGAAUGAUCUAUUGAGCCCCCUCUCUCGUUCUGUGAUGGGUACAACACAGACCUUCCUGCUCUUUACCAGGAACUAUAGACUGUACCCAGACUUCUUCCUGCUGGGGUUUUUCCCUUACUCUGCCUCCCAAACACAAUAAAUAUAUGUUGCCCGAUA